AUGUUCCCUCCACCACCUGCUCCUCUCGACUGGAAGGACAUUGGCUUCAAAGUCCGCGAUGUCAAUGGCCACGUCGAAUGCCACUUCUCCCAAUCCGCCGGUGGAAAAUGGUCUGCCCCACAAUUCGUUGCCUCUCCAUUCCUCCAAGUCCACGGCAUGGCCCCCGGGUUGAACUACGGACAACAAGUAUACGAGGGUCUCAAAGCAUUUCGGCAUGAGGGGGAUACCAAGAUCACGAUCUUCCGCCCAGAACGCAAUGCGAAGCGCAUGCAGAAUUCCGCAGAGGUGGUUUCUAUCCCGCCAGUGCCCGAGGAUCUAUUCCUCCAGGCAGUGCAUCUAGCCGUAGCGGCUAAUGCGGAGUUCGUUCCACCUCAUGAAUCUGGUGCGGCAAUGUACAUCAGACCUCUACUCUUUGGAUCCUCUGCGCAAUUGGGUCUUAGUCCACCAGAUGGAUACACGCUCGCUGUAUUCGCUAUGCCAACUGGAGUGUACCACGGUGCUAGUGCCGUUGAUGCACUGAUACUCGAGGACUUUGAUCGAUCAGCUCCGCAUGGAACUGGUGCAGCGAAGGUAGGUGGGAACUACGCGCCGGUUCUACGACACAGCGAUCGAGCGCAAAACGAAGGAUUCGGAAUCACGCUUCACUUGGAUAGUGCGACGCGAAGUGAGAUUGAUGAGUUCUCUACAUCGGCUUUCAUCGGUGUUAAGGGAAGUGGUGAUAAUAUCACCAUUGUGCAUCCGGAUAGUCCCAAUGCGAUUGACUCGGUCACAGCCGCAUCGGUUGGGGAUAUUGCGCGAAAGCUGGGCUUCAAAGUAGAGAAGCGUCGUGUACUCUACGAUGAGCUUGGAGAGUUUGAUGAAGUCAUCGCAGCUGGGACCGCAGCCGCGUUGGUACCCGUACGAAGCAUCAGAAUGCGUUCUCGCGGGGGCGAAUUCAAGUACCGUGCUGGAAAACAGAACGAAGGAGGAGAGGUCUGCGUGACCCUCUUAAAGAAUCUACGCGGUAUUCAGGCUGGCCAGGUCCCUGAUACAUUUGGCUGGAAUUUCGAGGUGCAAGCACCUCCCAAGGGAUGGAUUCAGGAUGGUAAUACCGUUGAAAAAACAGAGACGAGUGGAACGAAUGUGCCCUGA